UCAAUCUUCUGAAUUGUAGUUUAUUUUUCCAACAGCAGAUGGCAGGCUAGCCGUGGGAAAUGCCAGAAUUGAAUAUGCUGACGUGUAAAUUCCUAAAAGGAGACUGUAUGGAUUUUCUAUAGUGAAAGAGGCCAAUUGAGAAAUAGGUUUUGUGGCGAAUGUAUUUAUUCUCUACUUCUUUUCAAAUAACUAUGAGUUUACCUUUUAGCUAUCAGUUGACAUUAAUCAAACCGUUUUCUGAAGAAACGUAAAAUACUUUUUUCAUAAACAAUACGUUUUCUAAAUGAGCGCAAUAAAAGGUAAAAAGUAAUGUCAUACUCGAGUUUAUCAGCUGCACAUCCUAAAUUAUGUAAGCAAUGCGUCUCAGCUAUAUAUUUUUAGGCCUCAAGCCUAUAUUGAAAUGCGCUUUGUAAACAUUUUAAUUUCUGACUUUGGAAGUUGGAGAGAUUUGUUGCUUGGCAGUUAAACAAUCCGGUGUAAUAUAAGUUUGAAAAAAGAAAAAUAUUGUUGGAGAAACAUUUGUUCUAUCGCUGAAAAAUGUCAUGGGAUUUUGAAACUAUGUCGAGUUGAUUGUAAUAUUUUACUUUACCAAGCUUACAAAACAUUAAAUAUUAUGUGUUUUACGGUGACGUUCUAUUACGGCAGCGCAACGCAGAUUUACCGUAGCACGUGAAAGCGUCAUAAAACCCGGUGCACAUUACGGUCCGCGGGCGGUCACUUUUUAACAGUCAGAAAACCGUCAAUAUAGACAGAAGAGCUGCGAGAGGCUCUGACAGCAGCAGAGGUCGAGAGCGUUUAUGACACAUGACUCAUGGGGAGAACACAUUAAAACUAUUUUUAUUGGAAAAAUAUUUGAGGCGCUAGUUCUACUGUCACAAUGACCGGAGGCAGUGGUGCCGAGGGAGUUUCAUGCGUUUAACAAACCUGGAUUUUUUUUUCUCUUUUUUUUUGGACUUUGAUGAAAAAAACAACAACAACCCAUUAAACUUACAACGAGAAAACAGCGAGGCUAUUGUCACCGAACUGUCAGUGGUGAGUGGUCAUUUAUCAGAUUAACAUCAAGACUUAAUAAAGAAAAAAAAAGGAAGGAAGAAAAAUGCCACGAAGGCUUAUUGAUUUCCGAACUAAUUAAAGUGGAUCAAGUUCUACCUUGACUGACUUCAUCUGACUUAAAAUCAAAAGACAUCUAAAAUUAAGCUGAAGUAAACACUGGAGUUACCUGGAGCAAGGAGCUGAAUGGCCUCUGUUGUAGCAGUGAAAACUGAGAAGCGUCCUGCAGCUGAUUCUCAGGAUGCAGAGUCAAACGCUAAAAAGCCCAGGAAAUUGCUGCCCAGCCUGAAGACCAAGCGAGCCCCCGAGCUUGUUCUGGUGAUUGGUACAGGGGUGAGCUCUGCAGUGGCUCCGCAGGUUCCUGCUCUUCGCUCUUGGAAAGGGCUUAUACAGGCCCUCCUUGACGCAGCCAAUGAUUUUGAUCUGCUGGAGGAGGAGGAGAGCCGGCGUUUCCAGAAGCACAUGCAAGAAGAUAAGAAUUUGGUGCAUGUGGCCCAUGACCUCAUUCAGAAACUUUCCCCGAGGACGGGAAAUGUUCGAUCCACGUUCUUCAAAGACUGUCUGUACGAAGUGUUUGACGACUUGGAGUGCAAGAUGGAGCACGCAGGGAAACACCUCUUGCGAUCGGUGCUGCAGUUGAUGGAGAGCGGUGCGUUGGUGCUUACCACCAACUUUGACAACCUGCUGGAGAUCUACGCAGCCCAUCAGGGCACCAAACUGGAGUCUUUAGACCUGACUGAUGAGAAAAAGGUGUUGGAGUGGGCUCAGGAGAAACGGAGGUUAAGUGUUCUGCAUAUUCACGGUGUUUACACUAACCCAUGUGGCAUUGUGCUGCACCCUGCUGGCUAUCAGAACGUACUGAGGAACACUGAGGUUAUGCGUGAGAUCCAGAAGCUGUAUGAGACUAAGUCCUUUGUGUUUCUCGGCUGCGGACGCACGGUGGACGACACGACCUUUCAGGCUUUGUUCCUGGAGGCGGUCAAACACAAGUCAGACCUGGAACACUUUAUGCUUGUGCGGCGGGAAGACGUGGGAGAGUUCAAAAAGCUGCGUGAUAACAUGUUGGACAAGGGCAUCAAGGUAAUCUCGUACGGCGACGAGUACGCUGACCUGCCUGAGUACUUUGAGAGGCUGGCCAACGAGAUCUGCAACCGCGACGUCUCUACCAACGGCUGGGGAUCACCUUCACAAAACGCAGAGGAACAGCAGAAUGGCUUCAGCACACAGAAAAACCUCCUACAGGGCUAAGACCAGAUGCAACUCCUUGAUUCAGAGAAGAUGCCACUUUCAAUAGACAUUUUCAGAAUAACACAACUUAAAAACUUGGCCCAAAACUCAUUUCCUUAAUGCAUGGAAAGUGUCAGCUGUGACAUUUGAUUUCAAAUUGUUUAUUC